ACUAUAAAAACAAGCUUCUCCGAAACUGCAAUAAGUUGAGUGUUGGUCAACUUAGUGCUUUCCAUUUUAUUUCUCCACUGACAAUAUAAAUAUGAUUCAUAAGAAACAAAUGAAGCUAACACAAAUUUAAUCGAAACAUGGCUGGAGGGUUACUUGGAGACAACAUAGGAUUGAACGAAGAGGUUAUCAAGAAAACAUGUAGUUUGUCCUUCAAAGCUCAAAACACAUCAAAGGAGCUUUAUAUUUCUGAAAAGUUUUCAAGUACAUCAUCGGAAUUAGUUUAUCUUCUUAUAAGCUUUCCAAGUUCGUGGGUCGAAACUGAUUGGUUUGUUAGAAAACCAUUUGGGGAAACUAAGAUUGAUCUUGCUCGGUUCCCUUCACUUAAAAGUGUUGGUAAUGAUGAACCUGCUUUGGUAAAUGAAGCUUUUUUGAAUAGAUUCCAUCGCUUAUUGAAAUUUACCUCAAUUAUAUCUGAGGUGAAUAAAGCUAUAGCAGAAGGAAAACAAGUAGUGUUCACAGGGCACUCUUCAGGAGGUGUAAUGGCCAUUCUUACAACAUUUUGUGCCUUGGAACAAAAUUUUAACCCAAAAAAAAAACAAAUUCAACACAAAUCACCACUAUGUGUCACAUUUGGUUCUCCCUUGAUUGGUAACCAUAUAUUCUCUCAUGCUUCAAGGAGAGAAAAUUGGUCUCAUAACUUCAUACACUUUGUCAUGAGAUAUGACAUAGUGCCAAGAAUUUUUCUUGCUCCUUUUUCUUCUAUUGAGAAACUUUUUAGUCAUGUUCUUCAACUUUUAUGUCAUAACAAGUCCAAACCUUAUGACAAUGUGGCUUGUGAAUUUUAUUCUAUUGUGAUGAGGAAUGUGGGAAUUGUUACAAGCCAUGCUGCUUGUAAUCUCAUGGGAAGCACAAAUUUGUUACUUGAGAAUGUAACAAAUUUUGUUGAGUUAAGCCCUUAUAGACCCUUUGGAACUUACAUCUUCUGCAACGGUAAUGGGCAGCUGAUUGUGGUAAAAAACUCAGAUGCUGUUUUACAACUUCUGUUUAACGUUACUCAACUAACUGAUUCGGCGCAACUUUCUGAAGUUGCCAACAAAAGUAUAUUGCAACAUCUAGCUUAUGAAGAUGAAAUUGAGGAGAGCUUGGGAAUGCAAAAUGUGGUGUACUUAGACAAACUUGACGACCUUCCUUUGUCUGCUGAUGAUAGUCUUAAUGCCGAUGUUGCAGCCGCCUUGGAUGGCCUCGGACUGAGCAUAAGAGCAAGGUUAUGCCUUCGAGCGGCUGGUGAGUUAGAAAAGCAAAAAGAAAGAAAUGAGGAGAAAAUAAAAAAGGAGGUUCAAGAGAAGGGUGUGGCAAGCAUGAGGGAGUUGGAAGACUACAAAGCACUAUGUGAGAUAAACAAUGGCAAAGGUUACUAUGAUGCAUUCAAGGUGCAACAGGAUGAAAAAGAUUUCCAAGCAAACGUGAAGAGGCUUGUGCUAGCAGGAAUAUGGGAUGAGAUUAUUGAAAUGUUGAAGAAGUAUGAACUUCCAGAUGAGUUUGAAGGAAAAGAAGAUUGGAUCAUACUCGGAACCAGAUUUCGUCGCCUAGUUGAGCCUCUAGAUAUUGCAAACUAUUACCGCCAUUUGAAGCAUGAAGACACAGGACCUUACAUGAACAAGGCUAGGCCAAAGAGGUAUAGAUACACUCAAAGAUGGUUGGAGCAUGCAAAAAGGUUGGCAAAAAAAGAUAUAACAGAAUCAAGCAUUUGGGCUGAGGUGGAGGAGCUUUGUAGCUGGAUUAGUAACAAGAAACCUUUUGAAGAUGUUAAGGAAAGGGUUCUUAAAUGUGAGCAAGAUAUUAAAAAGUGGACUGAGAAAGGAGAAGAAUUAACCAAGGAUGUGUUUUCAAAGGAUCCUACUUUUAUGAAGUUGUGGGAAAAUCUACCUGUGGAACAUAAAUCCACAUCAUGCAUCUCCACUCUCUUUACUGUUAAUAAAGGAUAGUUCACCAAUCUAUAUGAAUUUCGACUCAAAAGAAAGGAUCCUAACUUUCUAGUGUAUUCUUAAAUAAAGCUAUGACUAUCAACUGUUACUUUCACACUGAUUUUUUUUCUUUUUUUAAUCUUAUAGAAAAUGAUUUAGAUAUUUAUUAAUAGCAUGUAUAGAUUAGAUAACAUAUAUGUAAUAUGUUACUGAUGUUGAUGUUAGUGAUACAGACACCUAUUUCAAUUAUCAUUCGUGAAAUGUUGUUGAGGAUCUCACAUGGAAGAGAUAUUAGACAUGAAAAUAUGGUUACAAUCGAAAGAAAUCACUUGUCA